AUGGUCAGCGCCUGCUCUUUCAUCGCUGUUGUCCUUGCCACCACGGCUGCCAUCGCUUCGGGUGCCUCGAUGCGCUCCGAGGGCGGCGGCGGCGGUGCCGGCAUGCCCACCGGUGCGUGGCCCACGAGUCAGGGCGACGAAUUCUUCGACGAGCCCUACGUCGUCAAGAAGGGCGAGGUGUUCGACGGCAAGAUGAAGACGUACCAGCGCUCCAACGUCAAGUGCGCCGGCCAGACGGAGAGCGGCUGGGAGACCGCUGUGUUCCGCGUCGAGCCCGGUGGCACGCUCAAGAACGUCAUCAUCGGACAGGACCAAAUGGAGGGUGUCCACUGCGAGCAAAGCGGCUGCACGAUCCAGAACGUUUGGUGGGACGCUGUGUGCGAGGACGCGCUGAGCAUCAAGGGCGGCUCGCCCAGCAGCGUCGUCAAGGUAAUCGGCGGCGGCGCGCGCUCGGCCACCGACAAGGUCAUCCAGCACAACGGCGACGGCACCGUCUCCAUCGACGGCUUCUACGUCGAGGACUUCGGCAAGCUCUACCGCUCGUGCGGCACGUGCGGCUACAAGGGCCUCAAGGUCAACGUCAAGAACGUCUACGCUGUCAACGGCCGCGUGAGUCUCGUCACGGUGAACGAGAACUGGGGCGACGAGGCCACGAUUGGAAACGUUAAGAUCAAGGGCAAGAAGAUCAACGUGUGCUCGUGGUCGGACGGCACGACGUCGGGCGGCGAGCCGGACGAGGCUGGCGCGGGCCCCAAGGGCAAGCUCUGCAACUACUCGCCCAGCACCAUCACGUACGCAUAA